UAAUACGAUGAUGAAGUAUUUCAAGAUGGCCGCGCCCAGGCUGGAGGUGUGACUCUUUUCGUUUUGCCGCGCUAUUUGUUAUAGUUCGUGAUGAAGAGAUGCUGGCUGAGGGAAUAACAGGAAGAGUACAGUAAACUAGACUCCUUCAAAGUAACAGGAGGAAUCCAGGCUACACAUCAUGCAGACCAAUAGCACCACUGACAUACAUAUGAGCGAAUGGCAAAAGAAUUACUUUGUUGUUACCUCUGAUACCUCUACACCAGGACAAAAAGCAGAUGCAUAUCGUGCACAAAUUUUACAUAUUCAAUACGCAUGGGCAAACUCAGAUAUCUCCCAGGAUUGUGCUGCCACCCUCUUCAAAAAAUAUGUAGAAAAAUAUUCUGCAAUUAUUGAUUCUGACAAUGUAGAAAGAGGCUUGAAUAACUACGCUAAAGAUAUUUUGACUAUGGCAAAAUAUCAGCAGAAUGAGAGUGACAAAUGGCAGUCUGCUUUGACAACAGAUAAUGUGUUGGAACUGAAAUGUAUUCAAGCAAUGAUGCAGGCUGGGAAAAUGUAUGAGGGGCCUCUGAAGGCACAAGUAGAUGUAUCCAUUGAUAAACAGGUCACUGAGUCGGUUUCUUCGAGUUUUCCCAAACUUACCCUGUCAAGUGGUAACGGAGAAUCUAUGCUUGGAGCUGGUUUAUCAAAUUGUGUAACUCAAGCAACAGAUAUCUGUGAGAAGCCCUCAACUUCAAAGUGUCAUCAAAAUGAUAUACUCUCCUCACCUAAGGCAGGAGUAGCAUGUUCUGUUUUGUCUGUGACUAUGAAUGAUGUGCCCGGUAGAGCCCUGAAUGGAAAUAAUGAAUCAACAUUUAAUAGUUCUCUGACAUCCACAAGUACUUCUUGUUCAGGGCAAGAUUUAUCAUUUUCCGCUCAGUCUGCUUUCCCUGCAAGAACGGGCAAUCUGGGAAAAAGGAAAACAUUUGCUGUGUCCAGUGAAGAUAACAGUAAUAUAUCUUCUGGUUCUAUUCAUAAGUUGGUUUCUAUAGAAGGAUCAAACAUUCCAUGGAGUGAAAGGAAAAAUAAUGAGAAAAGAGCAUCUAGUUUCAAAACUGCAAAAGAACAGCUAUGGGUGGAUCAGCAAAAGAAAUUCCAAAACCAACCCCAGCAUACCCCAUUACCAUCUUAUGGAGGUACAAAGAAAUCUUUGGGAGCUGGAAGAUCUCGUGGUCCAUUUGGAAAGUUUGUUCCUCCACUGCCCAAACAAGAUGGAAAUGGGAACACAGGUAUGCCAUGUAAAUCGUAUGGGACUGGAUCUACAGAGCUGACUAAUCCAACAGACGAAAGGUUAAAGAAUAUAGAACCUAAAAUGAUAGAACUUAUAAUGCAUGAAAUCAUGGACCAUGGGCCUCCAGUAAACUGGGAUGACAUAGCUGGAGUUGAGUUUGCAAAAACAACUAUCAAGGAAAUAGUAGUAUGGCCUAUGCUGAGACCUGACAUUUUCACUGGGUUACGAGGGCCUCCAAAAGGAAUUCUUCUGUUUGGUCCUCCUGGAACAGGGAAGACUCUUAUUGGCAAAUGUAUUGCAUGCCAAUCUGGGGCCACAUUUUUCAGCAUCAGUGCAUCCUCACUGACUUCCAAGUGGGUUGGUGAAGGAGAAAAGAUGGUCCGUGCAUUGUUUACAGUAGCACGGUUCCAGCAGCCAGCAGUAAUUUUCAUUGAUGAAAUUGAUUCUCUCUUAUCCCAGCGUGGAGAUGGAGAACAUGAAUCUUCCAGAAGAAUAAAAACUGAAUUCUUGGUCCAGUUAGAUGGAGCAACUACUUCUUCUGAAGAUCGCAUACUAGUUGUAGGUGCAACCAACCGACCGCAAGAGAUUGAUGAGGCUGCCCGAAGGAGACUGGUGAAGAGGCUCUACAUUCCACUUCCCGAGGCUUCUGCUAGAAAGCAGAUUGUGUCUCGUCUAAUGUCAAAGGAACAUUGCUCCCUAACUGAAGAAGAAAUUGAUCUCAUUGUUAAAAAAUCAGAUGGUUUUUCUGGGGCUGACAUGACUCAACUUUGUCGAGAGGCUUCUCUAGGUCCUAUCCGCAGCCUUCAGUCUGUUGACAUUACAACUAUCACACCUGAACAAGUACGAUCUAUUGCUUUUCAGGAUUUUGACAGUGCUUUCAAAACUGUUCGUCCCAGUGUGUCUUCUAAAGAUCUAGAAUUAUAUGAAACCUGGAAUCAAAUGUUUGGGAGUGGAAGAUGAGAAUAAUUCAUUCAUGUUUAUAUUCAUUUCCGAAAUGUUAAUGAUGUUCUAAUAAAUUGGAGGAAACUGUUGACUUGCUUUUUUUCCUAUGAAGAUUGUUUUGCAUGAGAGUCUUAGUUACUUAUUUUUGCUAGUAGAAUUCUAUAAAAAUCCCCUAUGAUUGCUCUUUUAUGGGUUGGCUUUUUUUAAUGCACCUUAUUAACAUUGAGUUGUGACUCUCCCCCCAUCAACUCCGUUGCAUCAAAGGAAUCCAGGAAUUCUUUGUAGAAUUUAGUUUACAUUCAGGCACAAAAGCUUGUGCAAAGUUUUCAAUGCUGGAUUAUUGCAGUCAGAGGUGGAAAUGCUUAAACUGAUGUAACUUACUUCCAGAAGCAGUUAUCCCCGAUGAUAGUGAUAGAAUGAAUUGCCUUAUCACUGAACUUUUUAGGGGAAAAUUGUAUUAGUCUUCUGAUAAACACUGACACAAUUUGGCAAAUUAAUAUUUUUCUCUUUUAGCAUAUAGUGCCAAAAAUAUAUCAGUUGUUUUUCCUUGCUGGCAUAUCUUGGCUCACAUCAAUAUAAGCUUGAAACUCUAUUGGUAGUAAAUAAGCAACUUUUCCUGCAUGAUGAAGGCAAAAAAUGUUCAAAACAAUAGACUGUAUGCAUCUUAAUAUUAAAUGUAGUGGUUAAAUUUACAGUUAAAUGUAUUACAUUGACAUGAUUAUUUGAGGUGAAUAAGUAC